AUGUCGUACACGACUACACGAGGAAUUUUUAUUGAUAAUUUCUCGUCCGAUAUACCUAUCAUGACAAUUCAUGAUUCUGGUUCUGUCUUGUCUCUUGUCGGACCAUUUUUAAUAAAUCUAUACGUCGAGGUCUCUCAAGUUUUUACCAUUAAAAUAAAGUAAGUUACUUUUUGUAAUAUAUUCAAUCCUCACUAGGUAUUUAUAAUGAGACAUUUAUUAUAAAUUAUUUUUGGUUACGUUAAAAGAUUGUUAGCUGUGUUUAUUUUGUUUUGCUUAGCCCAAGAUUUCUGUAUUCAUAAUAAAUAGUUUUUAAAUUUAUUAUUCUUUUAGAUGAAGGAUUUAAUUAAAGCCAGUUGGGCGGAUGAGGUUGAGGACCACCUGGAAAAGACAACAUUGCCCCAAUCUAAAACGGAACAAAUUGGAAACAGCAGGAUUAUAACAGAAUAUCGGUGGAACAAGGAUGAUAAAAAGGAAAAAGUUGUACGUACAUAUAAGAUAGAAAAACGGUUUGUGUCUAAGACAAUAGCAGAACGAAAGACAUGGCCUAAAUUUGGAGAUUCACGUAACGAUAAACCUGGUCCUAAUAUUGCAACUACUAUACCAGCUGAAGAAAUUCAAAUGCAGUUCUUAUCAGGCAAAGAUGGUGAUAAAGUAGAAGAAAAUCCUUUGGAUAAGUUAAAGAAUGUAAACAUGAACAUUAAGUGUCGUACUUGUGGUGGUGAGCAUUGGUCUUUUUCAUGCCAUCUCAAAGGUACUGGAUUGGUGGUUGAAGAUAAGAAAUUAGUUCAGGAGAAAGUGGCUGAACCAGAAAAGAAUACAAGUACCAACAGGUUUGACUUUAAUUUUAUAAAUUUUAAUUUUUUCUGUUUUAAUAUAUUCUAUUUAUGUUUAGACCAUAUAUUCCACCUUCAGCGCGAGAAGGAGCUACAAAUACAGCAGGUAAACGAGAUCCAUACUCACGUAGUUAUGAUGAAGUACCCGCUAUUCGUAUUGAGAAUCUAUCAGAGAGUACAUCUGAGGCCGAUUUAAGUGAAUUGGUUAACAAAUUUGGACAAAUUGCUAGAAUAUUCUUGGCUUCCAAUAAAGUCACUGGUGCAUGUAAAGGUUAUGCAUUUGUUAAUUUCAAAUCCAAAAUGGAUGCAGAGAGAGCCAUCAAGGCGUUGCACGGUUAUGGAUAUGAUCAUUUAAUAUUGAAUGUUGGAUGGUCAACAAAUAAUUAUAAAUAUGCCUAA